AUGCAUUUCAAAGAGUCGUUCGCGAUGAGCGAUCGACCGAACGAGCGUGGCCGCCGCAACUCCCGCUGCAAGGGUGCUGGCGUCAAGAUGGAGCACUUCCAAGCGGCGCUGGAUCCUCGCAAGCAGGAGCUGCUGGAAGCGCGCUUCCUAGGCGCCAAGGUCAGCACAAGGGAGAUACUAGUAGAAACUCGGCGGACGCCCGAAUACAAAUCGAUGUCAGCUGGGUCACAAAUUCAGAUGGCACCACAAACCACUGUCAACACGGGGCAACCUCUACACAAUCAGGACUCCAAUAUGAGCACAGGGUCAUCUCAUAGUGAUAAAGAAGUUGACGCUUUAACUCCGGAAAAGUCUGCCGCUAUGCGAGGCUCCACUGCUGCUCCAGGCACUGCGUUAGUGCCCCCGAGUGGUGCCACACCUACUAUAGCCAUGCCAGAAAGAAAAAGGAAACGGAAAGGAGAAGAAGGCGUUGGCGGCGGCGGGGGCGGUGGCGGUAAACAAAGGCACAAUUCAUCUGACAAAAAUAUUAGGGAAUAUUUCUCGAAACACCCCUCUUCGAGUCCUGUAAGGCAUGCCGGUGCCAAGUCGCCAUCCCCGCAGGGCGCGAAUUAUCCUAUGUACCCACCGUCACCCUCGUCGAUAAUGCCUCCCGGUGCCGAUUUUUUACGUUCGGCAUCUCAGCAACGACCCCACACAUCUGUAAAACAGGUUCAAACAGAACUGACAUGCCAGAGGAUACAGGAGUUAGAAACUCAAGCGUCUUCUGACUUAGAAGUAAGAAAUAAUAAAAUAGAUGAAUUAACAAGAUCUAAUGAAGAAUUGAAACAUCAAGUGCAAGCACAGAGCAAGGUAAUAGAUCAACAUAAAUCACACAUCAAUAAAUGUAUAGAAGUUGUAAAGAAAUUGUUAAAUGAGAAAAGCACAAUUGAGAAGAAAGAGGCUAGGCAGCGGUGCAUGCAGAAUAGACUGAGGCUUGGCCAGUUUGUGACGCAGCGCGUCGGCGCCACGUUUCAAGAGAAUUGGACUGAUGGAUACGCAUUUCAAGAAUUAACAAGGCGGCAAGAAGAAAUAACAGCAGAAAAAGAAGAAAUAGACCGUCAGAAAAAGUUGUUAUUUAAAAAGAGGCCAGUGAACAAUGAGGGCGGUGGUGGUCGAGGCAAGCGAGCGUCCAGCGCCGCGCCCAGCACGCCCCAACCGUCACCGCUACACAACGGCACGGAUGCACCCACCUUCCUCAAACCAGACCCGCUACCCAGCAUGACCUAUCAGGAGUAUUAUGAAGCUGAUGAAAUAUUAAAGUUGAGACAGAGUGCACUUAAAAAGGAAGAUGCGGACUUGCAGCUAGAAAUGGAAAAGUUAGAACGAGAAAGAAAUCUUCACAUUAGGGAACUGAAGCGAAUACACAAUGAAGAUCAGAGCCGUUUCUCACAGCAUCCUGUGCUCUCUGAUCGGUACCUGCUGUUGAUGUUGCUCGGCAAAGGUGGCUUCAGUGAAGUCCAUAAGGCAUUUGACCUGCGAGAGCAACGAUAUACUGCGUGCAAGGUGCAUCAACUCAACAAAGACUGGAAGGAAGAUAAGAAGGCCAACUAUAUCAAACACGCACUGAGGGAGUACAACAUUCACAAAGCAUUAGACCACCCUCGAAUUGUAAAAUUAUAUGACGUAUUUGAAAUUGACGGCAACUCGUUUUGUACAGUGCUUGAGUACUGUAAUGGACAUGAUCUCGAUUUUUAUCUCAAACAGCACAAGACAAUUCCGGAGCGCGAGGCUCGCUCUAUCGUGAUGCAAGUUGUGUCAGCGUUGAAGUAUUUAAACGAGAUCAAGCCCCCAGUGAUCCACUAUGACUUGAAGCCGGGCAAUAUCCUCCUCACAGAGGGUAACGUCUGCGGCGAGAUCAAGAUCACUGACUUCGGCCUGUCCAAAGUGAUGGACGAAGAGAAUUACAAUCCCGAUCACGGGAUGGACUUAACGAGCCAGGGAGCAGGCACUUAUUGGUACCUGCCGCCUGAAUGCUUCGUUGUCGGUAAAAACCCACCAAAGAUCAGUAGCAAGGUGGACGUUUGGAGUGUGGGAGUAAUCUUCUACCAGUGUCUAUAUGGCAAGAAGCCGUUCGGACACAACCAAAGCCAGGCCACCAUACUGGAGGAGAACACAAUACUAAAGGCGACCGAGGUGCAGUUUGCUAACAAACCUACGGUCAGCAAUGAGGCUAAGAGCUUCAUCCGGGCGUGCCUGGCGUACCGCAAGGAGGAGCGCAUCGACGUGUUCGGUCUGGCGCGGCACGAGUACCUGCAGCCCCCCAUGCCCAAGUCGCGCGGCGCCGGGGGCGCGGGCGGCGGGAGCGCGGGCGGCGCGGGCGUGGCGGGCGGCGCGGCGGUGCAGGCGGCGGCGUUCAGCUCCAACAUGUUCGGCGCGGGCUCGUCGUCCUAG